AUGGAGGCCUGCGGGGUGUACGCUGUGUUUGUGGCCUGUGAAAUGGGAUUUAACCACAGUGGACAGUGCGUAUGGGAAGACUUUGUGCUGGAAAAAGUGGAGCAGGAGAGCCAGGCCCGAAGUCUGUUGGACCAGAUCAUCAGCAUGUUGCAGUCGAUUGCUCAGCAGAAUACGAAUGUGGUGGUCAGGAUGAAGUUGAUGCAGAUCAGCAGGUCCAUGACCAUAUUUCAACGGCAGCCUCUAGGGUUUGCAGUGCUCGUCAGGGACAUCCUCAGGAAGGAGCGGGCUCUGCUCAACAGGCCCACUCAGGUCCCCAGCCCUCCAGCGUACCCAAAGUUUGAAGAAGAAAAGUCGAAGCUCCCCAACUUGCAGGAUGUGGACCACCUGGUUCUGACGGUGCUGGAGGUCCAGAACAUUCGACAGAAAAUGCACCAGCUGCAAGAAGAGCUCAACUGGGAGAGACAGAACUUUGAGGGUUUACAAGGGUCAAUCCAGCAGAAUGGACUGGAUGCCAAAAAGUCUGAAAUUCAGAACCACAUCCAGCAGUUGGAGUACAAUGUGAAUGCAAUGGCCACGAAGCGCUUUCAGCUGCUGAAGGAGAGCGUGGACUAUCUGGACCGGUGUCAGCUCCGACUGCUCACCAGGCUGAAGGCGUGGAGGUGGGAGCAGUGCAAGGCUGCCAUCGGACAUCCCUUUGACGAAAACCUCAACCCCCUGCAGACCUGGUGUGAGCAGCUGCUUGGAGUGAACGGGAACCUGAGACAGGAGUUGAUGUUGAUAGUGGAACCGAUCCCUGAGCUCCAGGAUCGACUGAGGCAACUUCUUCAGGUUCUGAUUCAAAGCUCUCUUAUAGUGGACAAGCAGCCCCCACAGGUCAUUAAGACUCAGUCAAAGUUUUCCACCACUGUGCGAUAUCUGCUGGGGGACAAAGUGGCUCCUGGGAAGCCUGUGGUGCUGAAGGCGCAAAUCAUUAAUGAACAGCAGGCCAGGAACCUGAGCAGUGUCCCUGGUGAUAAUGUCGGGGAGCUCAUCAACAACACGGCCAUCCUAGAACACAACACAGCCAGCACGUGUGCCACCUUUAGGAAUAUGUCCAUCAAGAAGAUCAAGAGGGCCGACAGAAAGGGAUCAGAGUCUGUGACAGAGGAGAAGUUUGCUCUCCUGUUCUCCACAGAGAUCACCAUCACAGGCUGUGACACUCCCUACAGGAUACAGAUGAUCUCGCUGCCGGUGGUCGUCAUUGUCCAUGGAAGUCAAGACAACAACGCUCUGGCCACCAUCAUUUGGGACUGUGCUUUUUCUGAAACAGACAGAGUGCCGUUCGUCGUGCCGGAGCGCGUGCCCUGGAGGAUGAUGUACAGCACUCUCAACAGUAAAUUCACCUCUGAGGUCCAGACGCAGCACAACCUGGACCACUACAACCAGCACUUCUUGGCGCAGAAGAUAUUUGACAAGCCCGACUUUGCUGACGACUUCAGCAACAUGAUGGUUUCCUGGGCCCAGUUUAAUAAGGAGGUUCUCCCGGGUCGACCUUUCACUUUCUGGCAGUGGUUUGAGGGAGUAAUGGAACUGACCAAGAAGCACCUGAAGACCUACUGGAGCGAAGGGCUGAUAUUUGGUUUCAUUGGGAAGCAGCAUCUACACCUGAUUCUCAAAGACAGGCCCAACGGGACGUUCCUUCUUCGGUUCAGUGACUCUGAGAUCGGAGGCAUCACCAUUGCUUAUGUGUCUGCUAAUGAGCAUGGGGGCCAGAUAAUCCAGAAUAUUCAGCCCUUCACCAAGAGAGACCUUGAGAUCCUCAGCCUUGGCGACCGUAUCCGGGACAUCAGUCACAUAACUUACCUGUAUCCUGAAUUCCCUAAACAUGAAGUUUUCAAAAAAUUCUACUCUGAGCCUCAAACAUCACCCAAUGGAGGUUACAUCCCUGUGUCACUGCAUACUAAAGUCGGCAUGGAAGCUGGCUCUGCGUUGCCUUCUCCUCACAUUGUGAAACAAAUGACCGAAAACCCCCACAGCUCUGUUAGCUUCCCUGUGCAUCAGUUUCAGCAGGCGUUCAGCCCACAGGGCUCCAUCACUCAAGACAUCAUGGACACAGCAUCUAAUUCUGAUGUGGAUUUCAGCUCAAACCCUCCUGUUGUCUUCUCAGAGGACAUUGCCCCAGGUAACAACAUGGACCUGGAUUUGGACAGUAUUCUCCAGACACUGAAUGAAUAAGAUGUCCCAUCCAAACAAUUUUGGGAAGGCAAAGCGGACGUCAGAGACCCAAGACAAACCUGUCUGAACUUAUAUAUCGUCAUAUAAGUGUCGUUUGUGCAGACAUUCUUCCUUCAAUGUCAUUUUCCAUCUACGUCUCAUCUGCUUCUUUAUAGAGACAAAUUUAAUGUCUCUGGGGUUCGAUAUAUUUAUUGAGCUGGAGGAAGCAUGGAAUCGUUUUGUGGGAAAAGUAAAACUGAGAACAAACCAGAAUGAAAAACGUUGUCAUCGAUGUCUGCUGGCCAUCUGUGCUUUGUUUUGCACUUUAAAAAACUUUUUUCUCUGAUGCUGGGUUUGUGGAUGCUAAUUUCUUUUUACAUUUGCGUGAAUUUAGGAAAAUAAGUGGAUUACUGUACAGAGUACAGUGCUUUUAAAACAGUGACUAAUUCUAUGUGAUAGCUUACAGCGUGAUGCUAAUGGAAAGAGAAAGGUGUUUGUUGCAUAUUUGAAUGUAAGCCUUACUGUAUAUAACUCUCCUUGUGAUUGGUAAGCUUUGAGACACCUCUACUACAGUAUGUCAUUCACUCAGUCAGUCAGUUAGACAAUGAUGAACAUUAUGCAUGGUUAAUACUUCAUAAGUCAGCUAUGGUUCAAUACUUGUAUGUAGCUCUAACCUGUUCUUUGGUAUAGUGAGGAUCAGACACAUCAAGUGAACAUUAAGCGUUUCACUGAAAUUUACAAUAAAGGUGAUGAUAAUGGUGGCAGGUAACAGUUAUUUCAUAUUAGGGAUAAUAAUGUAUCAACUACCAGUCACUGAGAACUUCACAAUAUUACAUAUUGCAUGCUUUAUUCUAUUUUUGUUAUUUUUUGCUUUCUGUGAUGCAAGUCUGUGCCCUCAGUCUUUAGAGUGAUAAAACUGUGAAACUCAAUGAAAUGAGGUUGUGCUGUUUAUUGCUUUCCUCUGUUUUGCAUUGUUUGAGCUCUCUCAUUUUAAAAUGUCAAAAUUGCUGCAAGGCACUGGAGUUAAUUUGAAAGUUUGCAAUAUUGUUCUGACAACAGAUGCAUUCCUUUUCAUCAUCACUCUAAGUUUAAUUGUUUUCAGUAUGUAGCAUCUUUUAUUCACAACUAAAUGUAUCAUCUAAACCAGACCUCCCCUACAAAUAUAUUUUUGGGUUCAAUCAGAAGCUUUUUACUAAACCUGACAUCACAUUCAAUGCUGGUCAUGUGAUACACAGUGUAUUGACAUAUAUGUAAAAUAUAGUGUGUUGGAUGUAACAUGUAGCAUGCUUAUUCACUGGAUGGUAACCAUUUAUAUUCAUGUGGAUUGUCUUUCGGGUAAAUUAAGCCAA